AUGGAACCCAGAACGCUGGAAAUCAACCUCGCAUCAGCGAAGGAUCUCAAAGACGUGAAAUUCUUCUCCAAAAUGGACGUGUACGCCGUCGUUUCGAUCAACGGCGAUCGGAAGAUCAAGACUCCCGUCCACAGAAACGGCGGAACCGACCCCACGUGGAACUUUCAUAUGAAGUUCACAUUCGAAGAAUCGCUCGCGCGCCAGAACCGCUUGGCCCUGGAAAUCAAGCUCCUCUGCCAGCGAACCCUCUCCGCGGACAAAGAAAUCGGUGAGGUCCACGUUCCCAUCAGGGAGCUCCUCAACCAACCCGGUGACGGAAAAUCCUUCCAGCAUGUCAGUUACCAGGUCAGAAAACCCUCCGGAAAGCCCAAAGGAGCGCUCAGCUUUUCUUACAAAUUUGGCGAAAAAUUCACAGAGCCGGCGAAAGCGUCAGCGCCGGAGCUCUCGGUUGCCCCCAAGGUGGACCCGGUCACGGCUUAUCCUGCUCCUGCUGUGGGGUCCAGUUCUGCUUCGUAUCCCGGCAUUUAUCCUCCGCCGCCGACGCAGCCACAAUAUGCGGCGGGAUAUGGGUAUCCUCCGCCGCCACAAGCGGGAUAUGGGUACGCGCCACAAGCAGGAUAUGGGUACGCGCCACAAGCGGGAUAUGGUUAUGAUUCACAUGGGUACGCGCCACAACCGGGAUACGGGUACUCGCCACAACCCGGGUACGGUUACCCUUCUGUUCCAGCACAAAAAGCUGGGAAGAACAAAUUUGGAAUGGGAUUGGGAGCGGGUUUGCUUGGAGGCGCAUUGGGUGGACUUCUAAUCGGAGACAUGAUAUCUGAUGCGGGUUUUGGAGAUGGUUGUGGAUUUGAUUUUUAA